UUCCUCUGGCCUUCAGCAAGUAGAUCACCAUAGAUCUCGUAGAUCUCCGUAGAUCUCUCUCCAUAGAUCUCUCUCCAUAGAUCCUGUAGAUCACCAUAGAUCUCUCUCCAUAGAUCUCUCUCCAUAGAUCAUGUAGAUCACCAUAGAUCUCUCUCCAUAGAUCUCUCUCCAUAGAUCUCUGUAGAUCUCCAUAGAUCUCUCUCCAUAGAUCUCUCUCCAUAGAUCAUGUAGAUCACCAUAGAUCUCUCUCCAUAGAUCCUGUAGAUCACCAUAGGUCUCUCUCCAUAGAUCUCUCUCCAUAGAUCUCUGUAGAUCUCCAUAGAUCUCUCUCCAUAGAUCUCUCUCCAUAGAUCAUGUAGAUCACCAUAGAUCUCUCUCCAUAGAUCCUGUAGAUCACCAUAGGUCUCUCUCCAUAGAUCUCUCUCCAUACCCAGGUUUUCCACGGUUAUUCCCCACCAUGUCUCCUGGAAUCACUCAGGUUGGGAAAAACCUGCUCCAGAGUUCAAGGCCACAGCUGCGGUCGAUGGCCAGUUCAAGGACAUGAAGCUGUGUGACGACAGAGGGAAGCACGUGGUCGUCUUCUUCUACCCCUUGAACUUUACCUUCGUGAGCCCGGCUGAGGUCAUUGGGUCAGUGACAGAGCAGAAGGAGGAUGAAGGCUUUGUGUGCAGGGGUUUGUUUGUGGGAACCUGGAGGCAGAUCACCAUCAACGACUGGUCUGAGGGUCACUCUGUGGAUGAUCCCUGCAUCUGGGGCAAACCUUCUAGCACCCAGACAGACAGGUUUGUCCUGCUGGCAGGAGGCCUGGGAGUCACACCAUCAACCCCACAUGGAGAAGAGCAAAGCAGUAAAUCUCCAGCUCUUCUGUCCAGAUUGUUCCUGAGAACAGCACUUGUCUUUGGAUUGGAGGUUUCCCUGUGAAAUACUCCAGAUCUUUAGAACCAACUUAUCCACUUCCUGUACCAGGAUAACCUCUUAGACUCACGCACUGAAACUAGACUUUAGUUCUGAUCCUCUUUUGUUUCUCUAUAUAGUGAUAUUUUCCUUGCUGUCAUUUGCUGCCAUCUCUAUUAAAACUGUGAGAAAAAAAGAAAUUAAGAUUCUUUAUGAGAAACUGUGAGAAUGUUUCCACCAGCAGUACCAGAAUCAGCCAGCAGGGGGCCCACCAUGACUUUCUCUGGCUGUUUGU